AUGCACGCUUGUAUUAUCCCUCCCUCACGUUUCGCCGAUUCUACCAGAAGAUUGAGUUUCGACCAUGAAACUGGGAAUGCCACUCCUGGUUUUUAUUCCGACACCUGUCUUCAAAAGACAUUUGAGCAGGCCGGCGCUGUCAAUUUGCCCAGGACUUACGAUGCUUCGCCAACCGCACACAUAGGACCCAGUCCACCAUCAUCAUCCCCUACCAUCACCAAUGAUUUUUUGGAUGAUGAUACAAACGCACCCACAUCUCUCCCUCCUGUAAUCAGGCACUUGAAUCAUGUUGUAAAGCGCGCAAAAGAGAAGUAUAAGCCUUACAACCGGAACCGUCCCAGGACCAUGGAGCUCCGCUUUGCUGAAAAGUACAUUGGGCCCAGUGAUAUGGGCCCAGUAGAUGUUCAAAGAACGUCAUGUCAGGGCAAAGUUUUAGCUGAGCAUGGCUUGAAACACAUGUCCUGCGAGGCCAUUGCUCAAGCUGUCCUUACGAAGGAAGCUGACCUUGAGUGGAAGCGCAUGUGUGCUCUGGCAUCCGCAUGGGAAAUUGAGGUUCUCAGACGACACGAGAGGCUUGCCCACAUAAUUCACAACGACAAGGCUAGAAUAUAUGCCAGUGCCACUUCUGAACCUCUCCUUGCUUCGCUUGAAACGCUUGCCAAUUCUGACCUGGACUCGGGGGAGCUCCAAAGUCGCUUGGCCUUCGCCAUUGCCGCAUAUAGUCAGGAUAAAUCAUUGUACAGCGCUACAGAUGAACAGUUUGAUCACCUCGAGCAUCUUGCUCGCGAGCACUAUGUUGGAGCUAUUGAAGACAACUCCCCUGCAUCUCCCAUAGACUCGGACGCAAGUGCCUCGAGUUCGGGUGUCCACGAUUCCGGCAUUGUUCGUGGAAUUUCGGAGAUAUCCACGAAGUCCGAUGACUGA